CGUACCGGAAGUGCAGUCGGCGCUCCGCCGGGACUGAAUCCUGCGCUCGGAGCGCACUGGCAGUGGGCUUCGCUGCGUGCGAUGAGACGGAUCGGAGCGUUUGGGGGCUCCACGGCCCUGUGGGCACUGCUGGCCGCCCACGCGGCGGCGGCGUUCGAGCCCGUAAGCGUGGGCAUCGCCAUCGGGGCCGUGUCGGCGCUCACCGGUUACCUGUCCUAUACCGACUUCUACUGCCGCUUCACCGAGUGCUGCCAUGAGGAACGGCCCCUCAACACGUCGGCCCUCAAGCUGGACUUGGAAGAGAAGCUGUUUGGACAGCACCUUGCCACCGAAGUGAUUCUCAAGGCAUUGAUUGGCUUCAGGAACAACAAAAAUCCCAAGAAACCACUGACUCUGUCCUUGCACGGCUGGGCUGGCACAGGCAAGAAUUUUGUCAGCCAGAUUGUGGCUGAAAACCUUUAUCCAAAAGGCCUGAAGAGUAACUUUGUCCACCUGUUCGUCUCUACUCUGCACUUCCCACAUGAGCAGAAGAUAAAACUGUACCAGGACCAGCUCCAGAAGUGGAUCCGAGGCAACGUGAGCGCAUGUGGCAGCUCCGUCUUCAUCUUUGAUGAGAUGGAUAAGUUGCAUCCUGGGAUCAUUGAUGCAAUCAAGCCCUUCCUAGACUACUAUGAGCAGGUGGAUGGGAUUUCCUACCGCAAAGCCAUCUUCAUCUUCCUCAGCAAUGCAGGAGGAGACUUGAUAACUAAGAUGGCUCUGGACUUCUGGCGGGCAGGAAGAAAACGGGAAGAGAUCCAGCUGAAGGACCUGGAGCCUGUGCUGUCUGUGGGCGUCUUCAACAAUAAGCACAGUGGCCUGUGGCACAGUGGGCUGAUAGACAAAAACCUCAUCGACUACUUUAUCCCCUUCCUGCCCUUGGAGUACAAACACGUGAAAAUGUGUGUGCGGGCAGAGAUGAGGGCCCGAGGGGUAGCUGUUGAUGAGGACAUCGUCACCAGUGUGGCAGACGAAAUGACCUUUUUCCCUAAGGAUGAGAAGAUCUACUCAGACAAAGGCUGCAAGACUGUGCAGGCACGGCUGGAUUUCCACUGAGCUCUUUGCUCAGUUGGGUGGGAAGAUUCAGGGGAGCCUCCCACCCCCACCAGGGACUUGUGAUGGAGAAGCACUUUGAAGGCCCCCCUGGGGGGGGCUUUGCACAUUUGCACCUGUGGACUUGGGAUGCUGUCAAUGCAGCCAGCAUAUGAAGGUGAACUUUUAGAACCUCAUACUGUUACUGUGAAACAAGUGCCUAAAAAAAACGUCCCAUGUGGCCAUGCUUCAGAUGCCACCAACGGGCCUGCAGCACUCUGCUGCAUCCUUGCAUCUCUUGCCAGGAGCCCCCACUGUGCUGUUUCUUUUUUGCCUUGAGCUGGUACUCACAAUUUUCAGAAGUGGGUGGCAUUGACAAAUGCUCACUGUUGGAGGGGAGCAUGAGGGCUUGACCUUGGCUGGACUGUGUCAGCGUGAGCAGUGGGGUCUCCCUCUGAGGCCCCUGGAGCACACAGGGACACACAGAACACAGAGCCUUUGAGUUUAUACCUUAUGUUCACUGCUGCUCACAGCCCUGGCUGGGGGAUUCUCUCUUCUGUCUCCCACCGUGUGUGGGUCACAGCCCACCUUGAACCUUGCCUGUCAACUGUUAGAUUCACCCCAGCCUCAUCCCUGCUUGCAUCAGGAUGAGCUGUCAUUUUUGAAGAAGGGCUUUGGUCCCUAUUUGCCUGUUACACUUGCUCUGAAGGUCAUGCAUAGGAAGAGAAGCUCUAGGCCAGGGCAGACCUUGCCAAACCCCAUGGGAAGGAGCGGGUCUGCUGUACACCAGAUAUGCACAUAUUUAAAAUAUAUGUUUUUUUUUUUUUUUUUCGAGACAGGGUUUCUCUGAGUAGCCCUGGCUGUCCUGGAACUCACUCUGUAGACCAGGCUGGCCUCGAACUCAGAAAUCCGCCUGCCUCUGCCUCCCAAGUGCUAGGACUGGGACUAAAAGCAUGGCGCCACCACCACCCGGCUAAAAUAUAUGUUUUUACUUCUAAAGCUUGAGCAAUAAAUGUAGGAUGCCAUGCAUUUUACACCUCGGAAGUGCCACAAGUGCUGGGGCAUGCUUUUAAUCCCAGAGGCAGAGGCAAAUGGAUCUCAGGGAGUUCAAACCCAGCCUGGUCUACUGAGUUGAGUUCCAAGACAGGCAAGACUACAAAGAGAAGCCCUUUUUCAAAAAACAAAAAUCUAGGAAGGACAUAAAAUAGAGUAAAGCUUUAUUCUCAGGUUUUUAAUGUUGUUGGGCAUGGGGGUACAAUACCCAUGAUCCUAGCAGAAAAUUAGGAUUCAGGAUUCCUCAGCUGGCUUUUGAGUUUGAGAACAGCCUGAGCUACAUGAAACUCUCAGAAGAAAAAAAAAAGGUCUUACUGCUAAAUGUGUAGCGAGUAAUAACUGUAUUGCACAACUCAGUCUGUGGGUUCUGGAUGUAGUCUCUGAGGACGCCCUGGCAUCGGGGCUACUCUGACUAGGGAACUGAGCCUGUGACUUCAUCCUUGUGAACCAUUCUGUCCUACAGUUGCUGUGCAGCCGCAGCAGUGGAAACACUGCCAUGUUUUUGGUUUUUUUAAUUUGUUUUUUAUUUUUCAAGACAGAGUUUCUCUGCGUCCUCGAACUCAGAAAUCCGCCUGCCUCUGCCUCCCAAGUGCUGGGAUUAAAGGCGUGGGCCACCACCGCCCGGCCCACUGCCAUGUUUUUUACAGUGUGGUAGAAUGACUAUUUUUAUAACACAGAAAUGCCUUAUAGAGAAUCACAUUUAGUCAUUUAGAAAUGCCAAGGUGAAUGGGAUAUGGCAGGGUGCUCACCUUUAGUCCCAAUUCCUGGGAGGCCAUGGCAGGACCAUCUCAAGUUUGAGGCCAGCCUAGGCUACACAAGUGAAUGCCAGGCCAGAGGUGUGCACGCCUGUAAUCCCAGCACUUAGAGGAGUUUACCGUUAGUUGAACCAUGUACAGAGACCCUCUCUCAAAGCAGGAAGCAAACACAUCGUGCCAAGGUUAGCCAAGUUACUGUGUAUAACUUGUUGGGCUCCCAGUCAAGAAGAAACAAGCUUUUCUGUUUACAAUGAUGUAAUACGUGGACACGUGUUGGCCACCUUUGGACUUCUGUUACUAAUCUCCAACUUUGAAAGGCCUGGUGUGGCCUGCCCCAGCCUUCCUGUGAGAAGGCCUGAAGAGAGCUGGAUACAAGAUAAUAAAAGCGGUGGUGGUGCAUUGUGAGACCUCA